AUGGGCGAAGACUAUAACCCAACGGCUUGGUCAAUUGUUGGUCCAGCAGCCAUAGACAAGGUGCUGAAAAUGUCCUGCCCUCAGCUGAUUCACUCGGCCAACUACCGGGCAGAGCCCUUCAGUAACUGUCAUGGCAUAACAGUAUUCAGCUACGAUUUUUUCUAUCCAUAUUACUACACGGAGAUCGAAGACAUAUUUAGUGCUCCAACAGUAGAUUUCGACUUGGGAAGACCUUACGCUUACCAUAUGUGGGACUUCUUGUCGCAUAACAUAUCUAUUCAUAAGGAUACGGUGUACGAAAUUGUUGCUGGCGCCUUCUGCCCUACGAUCCAUGACACGUACAGAGAUGAAUUUUGUGUUGAAAAUAAAUUUGAAUUACCCUGGCAGUAG